GCAAGUCCUAUCGUGACAUUUGAUGUCACACCACCCAAGAUAGGCUUUGCCCUCUGCAAUAUUAACGAUAUGGAAAUUUGGGAGUUUGGUUGAAGCCGAGCAGUUUAUCUUUGCCCAGUUUUUAUUGUAUUUAAAUAUUGCUCUGCGCAACGAUCCAAGCCCUAACCCCAACCAACUAUUUAACUAUUUAACCAUCAGCUCUGUACACCACAGCACAACACCAGCCUGCCCUUGAUCCCCCCGGUUUCAACACAGAAUUGAAAGAUGUGCAGUUCUGUUGCAUAGUUUCCGUUCUUAUCGCAGAGCCGGUUUUCCUGUUCUUCGCCGUGAGACACACGUCGUUUGAGCCCUUCGACAGGAACGCUCUCUAUAGCCAUGAGUUUCCUGAACCCAACAUACAUUAUAUAGUAUGGCCUGCCUUGGUAAUGAGAUGAACUAAAAUGAAAAUAGACGAGAGCUCUGAGACGAAGACCAUUUUUGAAGACGCGUCACUCAUAAUAUCGGAGCGUUCUUAUGCAGAUUGAGUCUUUCUUUUCAAACAUGUUCAACGUUGAGCCAGCAUCCUACUUAGUGGAAUUCAAUGACCGUCCAUAUAUUUGCCUCCCCUAUGCCUGGACGUCUCUACUGAUCUUCUCGCGAGCGCUUGACGAGUUAUCAGGCGCGGUCACAGCUACGACGCAGGACUUUACCAACCCUUGUUCUAUCCAACCCUUGUUCUAUUAUCCACUACGAGCCCCAGCCCAGCAGACUUUGCAUACCAAGGCUAACAGUAGUUAAUUGGUGGCAGAGUUACGUGCGUGUCGUUCGUGCAUGCAGGUCGAAACAGUUCAUCAUGAAUGAGGGGAACAGUGGCGCGCCAAAUUCUAACCAAUAUAUACACCCAACGUGUUCGUCGGACUAAGGCCUUAUGGGGGGAUAUCGAUAUCCAGAAUAUAUAUAUAUAUAUAUAGAUGCUGCUUAUUUCAAGCAGAAGCCUGUCGAAUGUCCUUACUGUAUUCCGCGUACUUCAGCCUUGCAUCAUAUAAAAAGCACCACAAUGGCUGGAAAACGUAAAAAGCCUCCUAGGAAAAAGAGUGCAUCGUCUUCCACCGAAAUAUCUCGUCGGUAUCCCAACAAACGCGAACGUCUCCUCCGUCGCUUCUAUGAACCUCUCGUUCUUUUACAUACCCUAGGCUCCACUAGAGGCAUUCAUACAAAACCUGAGCCUUCGUUGCCUCUAGACAGUUCCAGUGUAAGAGACUGCAGGCGGGGUUUCUUGAACGAACUGGCAUACGUCUGCGAUUAUGAUAAGGGUGGUGACACGGUCACUGCUAUCGGCUUGGAGUCAACCCCGCAAGGUUCUACGUUCUGGGUUGCCUCAAAUACAUCGCCGGCUGCAAAGGUCAUUCCUUUUCUCAAAGUCCUCUUGCAAACACUGGAACGCAUUGCAAAUGUGAAUGCCCCAAGCCAAGGGGAUAAGGAAGAUAUCGCUAAAUUAUGCAUUUAUUUUGGUUCCAAGCGGAUUAAGAAGUAUCGAUCAAUAUUCUCUCGAGAGUUGGAGGGAUGCACGAAAUAUAUAGAAACGAACAAGGAAACCUUGGGCGGCCUCGAUCUGUGGCUACGACGAUUUAGCAACUCCGAUCCCAACAAUCUAGUACCUCUAUGCCAACUCGCCUUUGAGAAGCGAAAGUCACAAGAGAUGAAUCGUCUGAAAGAGUUGAGUGCGGAACCCCUUUACAAAACUAGUAAAGACGCAAUCCAUCACAAGUUCAGCCGACUCCGCCACUACAUCGGACGCCUUGGUCAUCACAUUCGAGCAGCCAACUCUCUCGUUUCAACCGCACCUAAUCUCAGACACAUACUUGACGGAUUCAGCGUUCGUGCCAUCACUACUCCGGCUCGCGCAGAAUGGCUCCCGCCAAUCGACGAAGCCGCCGUCCGCGAAAAGACUCUCCUGGACAAAGUGCUUGUCCGCAUGCUUCCCGCUAAAUCUCCGCAGCUGGAAUUCUACCAGCAGCAACUGCGAAAGAUGGACGAAACGACCCAGAUAUCCUACCGAUUCCUAAUCCCUUACACGGACCCAACCAUCCGCCCGCGAGUCCAUGCAGAGAUCCAAGUACUGGAGCAUUUUCACGAAAAGGGCCUGCAGUUCGAAGACUCUGAUCGAUACAUCGCAUGCAGCAAGCCCGCCUGUUACUGCUGCAAGUUAUAUUUCCGACACCACCCAGGUAGCUUCGAAGAGCCUGCAUCCCACUGCAAGAUCUACCUGAACUGGCGUCCUCCCGAUGUUAAUACCAGGAUCGACGCUAGUGCUGCAAAUGGUGAAGAAGACAAGGACGGCCAAAUCCGCCAGCGGAAUAUUUUGAACGCUAUGAUUCAGGAUAUACGGAGGGAUGCACUGCACCAGAUCGCUGAGAAGCAAAAGCCAUCUAACUGGCAUCCAGACUCGUGCACUGGGAUUACAUCCACGGCGGCGAGGCUUGAGCAGUCCACAGUAGUAGGAAGUGAGUGGGGUGGAGAGAUUGGAGUAAAUGAUGGCGGCUUGAGCCUUGAACACGGCGGCUCCCGGGCAAAUGUUGCAUCGUCAGCUACGAUACAGAAGAUACCAGAAUCGGUGAGAGAAAGUGAUCAUUUGUGGAUAGGGGCAGAAGGAGGGCUAGAAAUCGAUCAAAUCCCACCUCCAAUCGCAGCCACUAUUAUCCCCAACACCGUCGAAAGCCAAGAUCAGUUCUUCAGGCGUUCCAGCUGUUCCACAACUUCUAGGCCCUGGAGUGCGGGCAGCAUAAACUCGCCAUUGGGCUCUUUCCUCGAGCCUUCUAACUCGGAUGAUGAAGAGGAUAUCGACGAUGAUGGAGGUGUCCGGCUACAUGACUACUAAUUUGUUGGACUUGUUGGUGGCGAAGGAUGAAUGACAGUGACGCGUUUCUUCUCUCUCUCUCUCUCUCUCU